AUGGAGGGCUGCGUGCACAGCUCCACUGCACAUGGUACAAGGGUCAAUGGCAGCCGUCACCACGUAGCUGGCUCUCCCGAGAGGACUGGAGAGAUCUCACCUGCAGACCGCCGCUUCCGUACCGAGAACGAAUAUUCCGCCCGCUUCGCCUUGCAGGAAAUUGAAAUCGACAUCGGCUCUUGGAUGUGUCUCGCAUGUCCCACUUCGAUCCGCAAAUGCCUGGACUGCAACCAAUACCAAGGCCACGAAGACUCCCAGAUCAUCGCCAUCCAUGGAGAAUGUCUCACCGAAAGGUCUCAGAAGCGAUCGGCAAUCGGAGUAUUCUACGGCCGCGGCAACGAUGGUAAUAUCUCCUGGCCCAUUCCAGGCAAGGACGACCACAGCCACACAACUCAGAUCGCCGAGUUGACCGCCUGCCUACGGGCCUUGCGAAAUGCAACCUCUAUCAUCGAGCAACGCCGCAAGAUGAUGCGCAAGGGAAAGGUCCUCAUGCCGCUAAAGAUCUUCGUCAUCAAAACAGACUCCGAGUACCUCGUCCGCAGCUUGACGGAGUGGCUGCCCAAGUGGAAGAAGAACGGGUGGAAGACUUGCAAGGGUGUUCCAGUUGCUAAUUCUGAUAUGUUCAAGCUGGCUGAAACUGGCAUCACCAUGGUUGAGAUGGUCGUUCAGGUUAAGUUUUGGCUCGUGCCCAAGGAGAACAACCUGGAGGCUACUUGCCUGGCAAAGAUGGCGUUCAUAGAGGGAUGA